GGGCUCUUGGGUCCCACUUUCAAAAUACUUCUAUAACUCAACUUUCCUCUGCUACGCACCAUAAAAUCUCAAAUAUGUUACCAGUAAUGGCACCUUUUCGUUUAAACACCACCACCAGAGACGUUUUAGAUCGUUCCAGCAGUUCCGAAGAAGUCGAUUACGCUCCAAUUCAGCUACCUCCGGUCACAAAUCUGAGUCGCUUGGACCCUGACUGUACGCAACCCUCAACACUUGCAAAUAUGCCAAGCCAAUCUUUCACACCGUCUAACAGAAUGCCAGCAAAAAGGCUCAACUCCCUCCAACAACGUCUGAAAGCUGCCAGGAAAGCCAAUUAUGAGCUCACACUUCAAGUGGCCAACAUCGAGCAUCAACUCUACACGGAAUGGGACUCACUCUCUUUUGGGUCAGAAUCUGCUCGAAAUCGUCAUACUGAGCUUGCGAUGGAGCAGAAGGAGUGGUAUCGAGAGUUGAGGAAUGUACACAAACAGCGGAUCCAGCAUUUGGAGAUGGAGAUCCAAAAGGAGUCAGAUUACAUGAAUUGGCGUGAUUGGUCACCCGUCGAACUCCUCAUCCGCUGGAAAUCAGGCAACAUGGAUUACUCCAUCUUCAAAGAUCACGAAGCCACAUACCGCGUCCAAAAUGCGUUCAAAUUGGAGGCUGGACUUAAACCUCCAAGGCUUAAGGUUAUUGCUCUGGUUUCCACCCAGGUUGCUGCUGGAUGGUACAAGGUUCCGACUCAGUCAAUCGAUUGGGAAAACCGAAUUCCUAUACCUGGUUACGUGGACAAAGACUUUUCUGAGGAUGGAAGACAUGACACCAAUCUGCACGCUAUUCAACAUGAACCUCGGGACGAAUUUGUCAUGAGAGGAAAUUCGAUACAGAUGGACGGCCAGUAUAGGACUGGGCCACAGAGAAAUCUGGUGCGAAAGUUCGACGGUAACGUUGAGCCGCGGCCAUCAUCACGAGAAUCUCGUUACAAGGAAAAAGUCGACGAUUGGCACUGGGAAAUGGAGCCGGGUACCGAGAGUUUCAUUCGCAUGGAGGAUCAAGAACUACAAAACCGCAAUCAGGGCUACAUCGAUGCCGGCUCACGCCAGCGAACUAGACUGGGUGUGGACCUCGAUCUUCAACUCGACGAUGAAAGUUUCCCAAUCCCAGACGACCAUUCCCACUCCCGCCCAUCCUGGGCAAACAACUACCCAAACUACGAGUACAGUCAAGAAGUGCUCGAUGACAUUACCGCCAAGGCUUACGCACCUGAGAAACCGAAGAAGAUCGUACCGAUGAUUGCUGGACGUCCAUUCUCGAGACCAAUCGUUGCGCGUGAGUAUGUAAGUUAA